AAUGUUUCUAUUGCCAGUUCAAAUGGCUUCCCACUGGCAGUUGGGUCUCCUUCUUUUUCCUUCGUGGUUUUGGGUGAAGUCCAGGCAUUAAAGAUUGGUCUCCUUAUAUCUAUUCUCCAUGGAUACGGAGAUCGGUGUGCUUGUCAUUACUCUGUACAUAUAUCUUCAAAAAUCUUCAUUAGGUAUUGUCAGCUUUUGUAGGUUUUAUAAUUAUAACGUUGCAACUAUGAAUUGUUCCAAACAAGUCGAAAAAUAAUGUUCGAGUCAAAUAUGCAGUGUAAGAAUUCGAAGAUUGAAAAAAAGUGUUCUAGAAAGCAAAAGCGGGCUCAACACAGGCUUGCGAGGGAUUUCAAUAUUUCAUGUUCAGAAACUCCAACACGGUAUGUACUAAUCUGUAAUGCUGGGUUAGUAACCGGACUUUCUGAGGAAACUUUGAAGCAAACUUUGGAUCCUGUAGUGUCUAAAUAUUAUUUAGUAAUGCCUCCGGGAAAAUCAUAUUCUUUCGUUGAAUUUUUUAAUGAAACUGAUGCGAAAAGAGUUUACGACGAAAUUCACGGACACGUCAAACUUCCUAGAGAAAAAACUCCGCUCUAUCUGUCUUUUACAACAUCGGCUCCUGAAAUAGAAAAUGUUUUUUCUGAAAAUACAGUUACUGGACUCAGAUUGAUAGAAAAUUUUCUGACCGAUGAUCAAGAAAAGCUUUUGUUAGAAAAUAUUGAUUGGGAAGAAGAUGAUGAUUUAUCAUCAGAAUUGAAACACAGAAAAGUAAAGCACUUCGGUUACAAAUUUCGAUACGAUACGAAUACUGUAGAUGUGGAUGACCCAGUAGCUCCUAUACCAGAAAAUUAUCGAUUUCUGCAAAAUUUGUUUAAGGAGCAAGGCUGUGGAAGAUAUGAGUAUGAUCAGAUUACCAUAAAUCGAUAUUUACCGGGCCAAGGUAUUCCUCCACAUAUCGACACGCACAGCAUUUUUGAGGAUACUAUACUUUCUUUAUCUUUGGGUUCAGCUUGUGUGAUGGAUUUUAAAAGAGGCGAAGAAAAACUAUCCCUUCUUUUACCAUCUAGAUCUAUACUAGUAAUGAGCGGAGAGUGUCGAUAUUCUUGGUCUCAUGGAAUAUGCCCGAGACGCAGUGAUACCACAAGAACCGAAAAUGGAACAACUGUUCUGAAACGAGGAAUUAGAACUUCAUUCACUUUUCGAAAAAUUCGAAGAGGAGAUUGCGAGUGUCAUUAUCCCGAAUUUUGUGAUUCUAUGAAAAAUAAAGUGACUAUCAGUGAAUCUAAUGCUAGUGGACUUGAGAAUCUAUACGUACACGAGGUUUACGAACAAAUAUCAGACCAUUUCGAUCAGACUCGUCACAAACCAUGGCCUAAUGUAAAAAAAUUUCUUGAUACUAUACGAUUUGGAGGUAUUCUUUUGGAUGUCGGAUGUGGAAAUGGAAAAUACUUGCUCGGAAGACCAGAAAUGUUCAAAAUUGGCUGCGAUCGAAGUUCCGGUCUAGUCAAAAUUUCUCGUAAAAGAGGAAUUGAAACUCUGAUGUCGGAUUGUUUGUCAUUACCAUAUAAAGACAACUGCUUUGAUGCUGCAAUAAGUAUCGCAGUAAUUCACCAUCUAUCGACCCAAGAGCGAAGAAGACGAGCCAUUUCUGAAAUCCUUCGUAUAUUGACACCAGGAGGAAGGUGCUUGAUAUACGUCUGGGCUAAGGAACAAACUAAAGACUCGGUGGAGUCGACUUAUUUAAAAUCGAAUUGCAAGACACAAGGAAUACGUGAAAAAGGAGAGAAGGAACUUUUCGGAGUGACUCUUACUAUUCACGAAAAUCGAACUGAGUUUACGCACAGUGAUAAUCUAGUCCCUUGGAAGCGAAAAGGUGGAGGUACUUUCCUGCGGUUUUAUCAUGUUUUCAAGAAUGGAGAACUCGAAGAACUCUGCUCUGAUCUUCCAGCGGACAUCGAGAAAUCAUAUUAUGAUCAGGGAAACUGGUGCGUUAUUCUACAAAAAAUAAAUAGAUAAAAGUAUGAACAGUCUUGAUUCACAAUUGUUUAAACGGAAUUUUUAUUUCAGUCAGAAGGUAAAUUUAAAGAGACUGGAUAAUUUUAGUGUGAAAAAUAAAUUUGUUUCAAAAUAAAUACAAUGAACGCU